GGCUACAUCAAUGCGAAAGCUCUUUGUUGUGUGCGAUAGUCGUGUUCCAGCAGCGUGCCAGGCCUUGGCUGAUGAGCAGAACAUCCUGGGCCGGAUUGUCUUCAAGUCCCGGAAUGCCCAUCGAAGGCAUCGGCAUCACAGUUAUUUGGCUGCUACCUUCAAAGCCCUGGAUGUAUUGCUGAGAAACGUGGACUCUUUGGAGCUGAAGAAAUUGUCGCUGCGUUUCCAUGGCGCCAUGGAGGCUGCGUUGCUGGAAUGGGUCAAUGCCUUGGGAGUGGUCCCCCACCCGGUGCGCGGCCUCCGGGACUUGGCCGAUGGAGAGAUCCUGCUGUCGGUCAUGCGGGACAUCAACCCGGAGGACUUCUCCGCCACGGACGACGACGCGCUGGGCCUCCUGCGGCGCGGUCUGGAGCGGCGCUUCCGGAGAGGCGUGGCAGAGACUCGCAGCACGUUGCAGCUGGGGGAGCUCGUGAUUUGGGCAACGUUGGACAAUGAUUUUCCAAAGCGCACCAAGUAUGUGCAGAUCUGUCAAGAUCUGAGCAGCAGCAGCGCGCAGCAGAUCAUGCACCUGGCGGAACGUUUCAGCGAGGAACCUGGCGAUACCCCGCAUGACACGCCGGAUGCGGGGCGCGUCUCCAGCCACUUCGGGAGUAUGGCGCCGAGAACUUCGGAGCUCCCAGACUUUCUGGAAGUCGGCUUGGACGCCGAGACGCGUUUCCGGAGGCUCAAGGAGCAUUACAUCGCAGUGAAGGAAGAUCAGGAGCGCUGGGAAGACGAGCGGCAAAAGCUACUCUCGGAUUUGGAGGUGGAACGCAACAAGAGGGUCGAAGCACAGGAGAAGGAGCGCCUGGCCCGUGCAGAGCUGCGCGUAGCCGAGGAGGCGCAAGAUCGGCUGCGGGAGGAGCAGCGCGCCGUGCUGGAGAUGAAGUUGGACGAAGAGAUCUCCAGUCGUCAGGGUGAGCUGCGGCAGAAGGAUUUGGAACUGGAGCGGCUGCGUGAAGAGUUGGAGCUGCUAAAGGUUCAGGCGCAGGAGGCGCAGAAGUUGCACUCGCAGCUGGAGAUCUUCAAGAAACGCCUGGAGGAGUGUCAAGUGUGGAAGCGAGAGAAGGAAGAACUGCGAAAGCAGCUGGAUGAGAUCUCUUCUUCCAACAAGGCUCUUGAUCCGGGCGCCGGCAGCGGCACCAUGGAGCACCUGCACGGGCGCCUGGCGCAGCUGCGGGACGACGUGGCGCAGGUCUCCCUGCAGCGGGAUCAAGCGCAGAUGCAGGUGAAGCUGCUGCAGGCCGAGUUGGAGAAGUCCGCCAGCCGCGCCGCCGCCGCCGCAGCCCCUUCCGCCGCCCCCUCCGCGGCGCCGGCGCCAACGCCGGUGCUGGCGGUGCCACUGGCGGGGCAGCUGCCAACGGAGGAGAGGGAGAAACUGCUGGCGGCCAACCGAGAACUGCAGUCGCAGGUGGCCCUGCGCGAGCGCGAGCUUCAGGUCUUCAACUGGCGCAGCCAGGCCGAGAGUGACACGCUCAAAGCCCAGGAGACGUUGAUGGCCUCGUGUUUCCAUGAGUUGGGUUUGAGAUAUCACCAGCUGCAGGUGCAACACGCCCAGCUCUUGAAACGCCGCCAGGAUGACGCGUGCGACUUUGCACGGUACUUUAUGCUCCGCUGCUUCAAGAGCUUAAUUUGUUUGGCUUUAACAUGUCACGUGACCUUCUUGCAGGGCAAGACAGAGGAAUCUGUGCUUGAUGGCAAGCAGCAACAAUGCAUGAGCCAACCCAAGCAAAUCCUGACGUCAUCGCGACGGGAGCAUCGGGCCAUUUUUGAGGCCGCCGCGCAGCGCUUCCGCGCCGCACCCUUCGCAGCACCGGACGGCGGUCGGCUGGGCGAGGCGGACAGCGGACGGGGCGUGCGCGUGUGCGUUCGCAAGAGACCGAUCUUCAGCCAUGAGAUUGAGCAAGGAGAGUUUGAUGCCAUCACCUGCCUGGAUGGUCGACUCGUCGUCCACGAUGCCCGCAUGCACCCGGACAUGGUGAAAUUGUUUAUGAACCACCACGACUUCGCCUUCGACGACACCUUUGGGGAGUCGGCCAACAACGCGGAGGUCUACGAGGGCACGGCGCGGCAGCUGGUGCUGGACGCGCUGGAGGGGAAGCAGGGGACGGUGAUGAUGUAUGGUCAGACUGGAAGUGGAAAAACCUACACUAUGCGUUCCAUCUACGAACAAGCAGCAGACGAUAUUUUUUCGGGUAUCGCUGGGCAAACUGUGACUGUGAGUUUUAUUGAACUCUUCGGGGAGAACUGCUUCGACAUGUUGAAUCAGGGCGCUCCUUGUCAGCUCACCACGGCUCAAGAUGGUUCUGUCCAUCCAUUUCCUUGUGUCGAAGUGGAGGUAUCAAAUCCCAUGGAACUGUUGGCCCUCAUUGAGCUGGCAGGAAAGUUACGUGCCACAGCGGCCACGGGUGUGCACGACCAGUCUUCGCGGUCACAUGCUCUCUGUCGCAUCUUCGUGGAGAGCGGCGAGGUGGAGGGCUGCAUCACCCUGGUGGAUCUCGCGGGCUCGGAGCAUCGCAUCGACAACGCAGAGCACAACGCUGAGCGAAGGAAGGAGGGUGCCAAGAUCAACGCGUCUUUGGCCGCGUUGAAGGAAUGCAUUCGAGCCCGCGCCUCGCACAGCAAAUUCAUCGCCUUCCGACAGAACCGCCUGACGCAGCUGUUGCGCGGCUGCUUUCUGCCAGGUGGGCACCACGAGACGGUGGUGGUGGCGACGGUAUCGCCCAGCAGCAAGGACACGGAGCAUUCGCUGAACACCUUGCGGCACGCGUGCAUCAUGGAUGGCCAGGGUCAGGGGAAGCAAGAGAAGGGUUCACACCUGGGUGGUGGCCAUGUCACCAAAGAAACGCUGGGAGAAAUCGACACCCCAGACAUGGCCAUCAAAUGCGGCACGUUGUCCUUCCAGCCCUUGGGCGUUGGAACCAACAAGUGGGGCACGGAUCCACAGAAGUACAACCAUAACAACAUCAGAUCGGCCUUUGAAACGUCGCUUGCCGCAGGCGUGACCUUGCUGAACACCGCCCAGCUCUACUACACCUCUGAGAACUGCAUAGGCAAGCUGCGCUCGGAAGUGCCGGGCGGCGAAAAGGCCCUGGUGAUUUCCAAGUUCGACGCCCUGUCGCAGAAGACGGAUCAACUGAUUCCCACCCUGCAAGAAUCCUGCCAGAAAUGCGGUGUGGAGGCCAUGGAUGGUUUCCUGAUUCAUCAUCCCAAAGGCACUCCGGAGGCUAUGGCGGAUCAGCUGGCAGCAGCCUAUCAGCGAGGCUUAGUGAAGAACGUGGGGGUCUCCAACUACGACGAACCAGCCCUGCGUCAGAUGCAUCAGCUGCUGAAGGAUCGCGGCGUGCCGCUGGUCUUCAAUGAGAUCGAGUUCUCCCUGCUGCGGCGUUUGCCCGAGAGCAAUGGCCUUCUGAAGGUUUGCAAGGAAUUGGACGUGACGGUCCUGGCUUGGGCGCCCCUGGCCAGCGGUCGUUUGACCAGCAAACCCUGCACGGAGCAGCUCAGCGAAGCGCAGACGGUGGCGUGUUUGGAGCAGAUGAAGAUCCUGGCGGAUCGGCAUAAGAAGACCGUGGCGCAGGUGGCACUGAAUUGGUGCAUUUGCAAGGGGACAGUGCCCAUUCCUGGCGCGCGAACGCUGGAGCAGGCACAGGAGAACGCGGGUGCGUUGGGAUGGCAGCUGAGUACCGAGGAGGUGGCUCAGUUGGACGCCGUGGCCGUGGACUCCAUGGGGAUGUACAACAGCCCCGAGGCGAUCUACACCUUUUUCGGCUGGUGGCCACCUGCAGUGGUGCGACCGAUCUGUACAGGUUUCCUGCAUUGCGUUUUGGCGUUGGCAAGGAAAUGUGUGCCCUUGCAGGACAGCUGA